AUGUACGCACCUCAAACUUCUCUACAAGUCACGUCGGCCAGUUCCAGACGAGAGUUGGACUAUUGUACCAGAUUUAAGAAUUACGUGCAAAGCCGGGCCGUGGGACGGCAAUUGAGAGUGCAUUUGCGGUGGCCCAGCAGCAAGGCCUCCUUUGUGUGGAAGGAAAAACAGACUCUACACCCAGUCUCCGGAGGCAGUCGCCUGAUGCCUGACCUCGGCCCGGGCGGAUCCCCCUUGCGUCCGGUGGGCCGAAUUUGUGAUCCGACACUUUUGCCCAUUCGGCCCAGUCUGGCCCGCAGCUACGGAGGGAGGCCGAACGAUGCUUCAGGAUAUCAGUUCGACUGCGAAAAAAGAGACUUCCCUGCCAAGGCGUCUGAGAAGUUGCAUAAUGUUAGAGAUGCAAAUCCCGAACAGACUGUGCGCUUAUGCAGUAGACCUUCUGCUGGAUCUAUUGCAGCAGCCUCCUUUUUGCUUUUGCCAUUAACCUCAACUUCAACUGGCUCAUCUGCCUGCCUCGGCAACGGUCGGCUCCUCUGCAACACUUGGUAUGGGCGGGUUGGCGACCAAUAA